AUAUUAUGCUUUAGUUUUUUACGACACAAUUUGUCACAUUUAGUACGCCUAGAUAAAACUGCUAGAUAAAUGUAAUUCUAAAUAAUCGGUAUAAUGUGCACAACAUUUAAACUGUAUACUGCAGAUAUAGUAGACAGUGUGAUAGUGUGCUGUUCUAAAUGCAGCCUCAAUUAUUUUAAGAUGCUUUGCUGCCAUCUAGUGUUGCAUCUGGGUAUUGGGAUUUUGCACUCAUUUUCACUGGUUCACUGUUAGCCAAUCACACAGAGGUCGCUAAUGAGCUGCUGUUGAUUAAUGAGAACCCUUGACGAGUAAGUCACUUCUGCAGCGAGGUAACGACCGCAUGGCUUCAGUUCAGGAUAAAGUUGCUGCAUUAAAUAUUAUGGGGAAAUUAUACAGUCCCCUCAACCAACCUCCUGAUCACAGAUUGAUCAACAGACCUCAAGAUGUACAACCAAACAAGGUUCAAAACAAAGAAAUCUGGAGCCACAUCAUCGCUACUCUACAAGCCCAAGUGACGAUCAGGAAACGCAGGCAGCAUCUCAAAUCUCACGAUAACUGCUUUCUGGGCUCUGAAGCAGUGGAUGUUAUUCAAGAAUAUCUGACUCAGAAUAAGGUUCUUGGAGAUGCCCAGGUCUCCAGAGCCAUGGUGGCACAUCUGUGCCAGGUGCUCUUGGACUGUAAGGUGUUUGAGGCAGUGGGAACCAACGUUUUGGGGAAAACCAGUAAGCCAAGAGGCUUCCAGGACAGCAGCAGCAGCCUCUACAGAUUCCUGAACAUGGAGGAUGCAUCUCUGGAUGAGUUGGAAAUGGCGCUUUUCCCACCAAGUGAAGAGAGUUUGAUGAACAUCACACCAUGCAGUACGCCGGUGAAACCAGACCACGUGUUGGAUCGUCUCAUGGAGAAGCUGGACAUGACCGGACUUGUCGGUUCUCCUCCCACUGAAUGUCUUCCUCCAUCUGUGGUCAGAGAAGUGUGGCAAGAGCAGACCGUACGGAGGUUGUCUCAACUGAUAGAUCUCCCCCUGCUGGAGGGAGUGCUGAACUGCUCAAAGAUAGUUUCUCCACCGAGUCGUGGCAGUAAUAACGAGCCUGACCUCCUCUACACCAGCAACUACCUUGACCGAGAGGUUCUCAAGGCCUUUAAAGAAUCACAAGCUGAUGUUUGGCUGUCGGCAGCCAUUGACCUGCUGGAUUUCCUUCCGGAUCAGCUUGUGGUGGAGGUGAGCAGAGAGCUGCCCACGUUCUCCUGUGAGGAAGAGGAUGGCGAGAAGAUGUUUGAAUGUAAACUACUGCUGUUUCACGUGCUGGACAAACACUACGGACACAUGGAGCGCAAACCUCUCCUCUGUGACAGCAUGGCAGACGUCUACACUGAGAUCAUGGAACUCAUAAUGAACGGAAAGUUUGAACGAGCGUUGGAAGUCCUGCAGCUGACGCUGAAGCUGCUGUCUGCGUCUGCACGUGAGGAACUGCGCAGGCUGCUGGAGUUCAUGGCUGCAGCUGCAGAUGCUGCAAAUGUCCGGCUGCACAAAGAAAUUGAAAACCGGGUGGUUGUGAAAAAGACGUUCACCAGAGCUGUAAUCCAGAGCAAGAGCCUGACAAAAGGAAAGACAGACCUGCUGAUGCUCUUCAUGCUCGACAACCACCAGGAGAUCUUCAAGAUUCCAGGUUCUCUUCACAAACUGGUCAGUGAGAAACUGGAUGACAUUGUGAAACAUAGAGAUUCAACUACAACUGAAACCCCAUUUUGUCAGCGAGUGCCAAGAGACGUGUACAAAGAGACCAUAAAGGACUCGACUAAAAAUGAGCUGUACUCUCUCCUAAAAAACAUUGACGAAAACACCAAAUAUUCCCUGAAAGAGAAGAAACGACUCUUGGCGCAGUUUUAUAAGGGCCAUCCAGACAUCUUCAUGCAGUAUUUUGGGUCUAGACUGAGCACACUGAACCUUCUUGAAGUUUAAUUUCACUUUGUCCUGUAAAUGCUUUUGUUGAAUGUUUGUAUCCGAAUAAAUAAAAAUAAACAUAUUUAAGUGUCAAGUAAGAAUGGAGUAUGUAUU